CCGAGCCGCAAGCCUGGCCGGAAGCGGGCGGCGCCGCGUGGCGCGGGGGGCGGGGCGGGCGGAGGGAGGGAGGGAGCGCGGCCGGCGGCGGAGGACGCGCGAAGAUGGCGGCCUUCUCCGAGAUGGGCGUUAUGCCUGAAAUUGCACAAGCUGUGGAAGAGAUGGAUUGGCUUCUCCCGACUGAUAUCCAGGCAGAAUCCAUCCCUCUGAUCCUGGGAGGCGGGGAUGUGCUUAUGGCUGCAGAAACAGGAAGUGGAAAAACUGGUGCUUUCAGCAUUCCAGUUAUCCAGAUCGUCUAUGAAACUCUGAAAGACCAACAGGAAGGCAAAAAGGGGAAAACAACAAUUAAAACUGGCGCUUCAGUGCUCAACAAAUGGCAAAUGAACCCAUAUGACAGAGGAUCUGCUUUUGCCAUUGGGUCAGAUGGUCUUUGCUGCCAAAGCCGAGAGGUGAAGGAGUGGCACGGGUGUAGAGCUACCAAAGGACUGACGAAAGGGAAGCACUACUACGAGGUGUCCUGCCAUGACCAGGGGCUGUGCAGAGUGGGCUGGUCCUCCAUGCAGGCUUCCUUAGACCUCGGUACUGACAAGUUUGGGUUUGGCUUUGGUGGAACAGGAAAGAAAUCCCAUAACAAACAGUUCGAUAACUAUGGGGAGGAAUUCACUAUGCAUGAUACCAUCGGGUGUUACCUAGACAUAGACAAAGGACACAUCAAAUUCUCCAAAAACGGAAAAGACCUCGGUUUGGCUUUUGAAAUACCACCGCAUUUGAAGAACCAAGCCCUCUUUCCCGCCUGUGUUUUGAAGAAUGCUGAACUAAAAUUCAACUUUGGUGAAGAAGAAUUUAAGUUUCCACCAAAAGAUGGUUUUGUAGGUUUGUCCAAGGCGCCGGACAGCUGCGUUGUCAAAUCACAGCACACAGGUACUGCACAGGUGGCACAGACCAAGUUCCUCCCCAACGCACCCAAAGCUCUGAUUGUCGAACCCUCCCGAGAGUUAGCUGAACAGACACUGAACAACGUCAAGCAGUUUAAGAAAUAUGUUGAUAAUCCAAAAUUAAGGGAGCUUCUCAUCAUCGGCGGGGUGGCAGCCCGGGAUCAGCUCUCCGUGUUGGAUAAUGGGGUGGAUAUAGUCGUCGGCACUCCGGGGAGGCUGGAUGACCUGGUGUCCACCGGGAAGCUCAACCUGUCCCAAGUCAGGUUCCUGGUCCUGGAUGAAGCCGACGGGCUGCUCUCCCAGGGUUACUCGGACUUUAUAAACCGGAUGCACAGCCAGAUCCCGCAGAUCACCUCCGACGGGAAGAGGCUGCAGGUGAUUGUUUGCUCGGCUACUUUGCAUUCUUUUGAUGUAAAGAAACUGUCUGAGAAGAUCAUGCAUUUCCCCACGUGGGUUGAUCUAAAAGGCGAAGAUUCCGUCCCGGACACGGUGCACCACGUGGUGGUCCCGGUGAACCCCAAAGCGGACCGGCUGUGGGAGCGGCUGGGCAAGAACCACAUCAGAACGGAUGAAGUACAUGCGAAAGAUAACACACGACCUGGCGCUAACAGUCCGGAGAUGUGGUCUGAAGCCAUUAAAAUCCUGAAGGGGGAGUACGCGGUGCGGGCCAUCCGGGAGCACAAGAUGGACCAGGCGAUUAUUUUCUGUAGAACCAAGAUCGACUGUGACAACCUGGAGCAGUAUUUCAUGCAACAAGGAGGAGGGCCUGAUAAGAAGGGGCACCAGUUCUCCUGCGUUUGUCUGCAUGGCGACCGAAAGCCUCACGAGAGAAAGCAGAACUUGGAAAGAUUUAAGAAAGGAGACGUAAGAUUCUUGAUUUGCACAGAUGUGGCUGCCAGAGGAAUUGAUAUCCAUGGUGUUCCUUACGUCAUCAAUGUCACCCUGCCUGAUGAGAAGCAGAACUACGUGCACCGGAUCGGCCGGGUCGGCAGAGCUGAGAGGAUGGGCCUGGCCAUUUCCCUGGUGGCAACGGAGAAAGAGAAGGUCUGGUACCAUGUGUGUAGCAGCCGUGGGAAGGGCUGUUAUAACACCAGGCUCAAGGAGGAUGGUGGCUGCACCAUAUGGUACAAUGAGAUGCAGUUGCUCUCUGAGGUGGAAGAACACCUGAACUGUACCAUUUCUCAGGUUGAGCCGGAUAUAAAGGUACCUGUGGAUGAAUUUGAUGGCAAAGUUACCUAUGGACAAAAACGGGCAGCUGGUGGUGGAAACUAUAAAGGCCAUGUGGACGUCUUGGCACCUACAGUGCACGAGUUGGCUGCCCUGGAGAAGGAGGCGCAGACGUCUUUCCUGCACCUUGGCUACCUUCCGAACCAGCUGUUCCGAACCUUCUGACUCUCACACCGGAGGAGAUCUGAGUAAUACGGCCGUCGUCUUAAAACUCUAAAGCUGCUGUACUGCUUCCAGGCAGCGGUAUUUAUAGUAACUUAAGCUAUUAAUGCUAACUCUUGCAUGUCAAGAAACAUGGAACAUUAGUCAUAGGAAUUCUUCAUGUAACGGCAACCUAAUGAAAGUAAUAAACGUGAUGACUCUA